GUGUACAAGCGGCACACGGCCGAUGGGAGGGGUGCUGCCCGUGGACAGGAGACAGGAUCCAUGGCAACAAUCAUGGCAGAGGCAGAGACCCGUCAGAGGCUGCUGCGCACCGUCAAAAAGGAGGUGAAGCAGAUUAUGGAGGAAGCUGUCACCAGGAAAUUUGUUCACGAAGACAGCAGCCAUAUUGUGUCCUUUUGUGCUGCAGUGGAGGCAUGUGUUCUGCAUGGCCUGAAACGACGAGCAGCAGGCUUUCUUCGUAGCAACAAGAUAGCAGCCCUCUUCAUGAAGGUGGGGAAAAGCUUUGCCCCAGCUGAGGAGCUGUGUAGGAAGGCCCAGGAGCUCGAGCAGAUCAUCGAGACAAAACGAAGUCAAAGCUUGCAAAGUCAAGACAGCCUUCGCAAGAUGCCCCGACUGCCCGGCCUCAUCCCACAGGGAGUCAAGAACCUGUGGAUCCGGACGGCUCUGUUUGAGAAGGUGCUGGACAAAAUUGUCCUCUACCUGGUGGAGAACAGCAGUAAAUACUACGAAAAAGAGGCCUUUCUAAUGGACCCUGUAGAUGGACCUAUCCUUGCCUCUUUGUUAGUUGGACCUUGUGCUUUGGAGUACACAAAGAUGAAGACAGCUGACCACUUCUGGACAGACCCGUCUGCUGACGAGUUGGUGCAAAGACAUCGCAUCCAUGGUGGCCACUGCAGGCAGGAUUCUCCCACCAAGAGGCCCGCACUGUGUAUCCAGAAGAGGCACUCCAGCAGCAGCAUGGACGAACGCCCUUCCCCAUCGCCAUCAGCUCGUGAAUAUGUGGAGUCACUGCAUCAAAACAGCAGGGCGACCCUACUUUUCGGCAAAAACAACGUGCUUGUACAACCGAGGGAUGACAUGGAGGCUAUCCCAGGUUACCUCUCUCUUCACCAGACUGCUGACAUCAUGACACUGAAGUGGACACCCAAUCAGCUCAUGAAUGGCUCUGUCGGAGACUUGGACUAUGAACGCAGUGUAUACUGGGACUAUGCCAUGACAAUCCCUCUAGAGGAGAUAGUUUACUUGCAUUGUCAUCAACAAGUAGACAGCGGGGGGACGGCGGUGCUGGUCAGUCAGGAUGGGAUCCAAAGACCUCCACUUCGCUUCCCCAGAGGAGGCCACUUGCUCCAGUUCCUCUCCUGCCUGGAGAACGGCCUUCUUCCACACGGCCAGCUGGACCCUCCGCUCUGGUCUCAGAGGGGAAAGGGAAAGGUGUUUCCUAAGCUGCGGAAGAGGGUUCCUCAGGGAUCUGGAUCCUCAGACUCGGUCUCAGAUAAGGAGGAGGACGAGGCCACAGACUAUGUCUUCCGCAUCCUCUUUCCAAACAGCCAGUCAGAAUUUGUGACUCCUCCAGACUUGAUGGACCAGGGAGCUACAAUGUGGCAUCCAAAUUUUCAGAAGUCCUCGUGUUCCUCUUGUUUUCAGGGGAGCUUCUCUGAUGGGGCGACACCCAAAGGGUGCAACCAUGAAAGGGCUCCCCUGAAGCUGCUGUGUGACAACAUGAAGUAUCAGAUCAUCUCUCGGGCAUUUUAUGGCUGGUUGGCAUACUGCCGUCACCUGUCCACUGUGCGUACACACCUCUCUGCCCUCGUCAACCACACCAUUGUGGCGCCCGACCUGCCGUCUGAUGCCUACAAAGGGCUCACCGCAGAAGUAUGGCAGACAUUCCUCCAGGACUGCACAGCCUACGAGGAGCAGGAGCUGCUUCGCCUGGUCUACUUCGGGGGCGUGGACCCCUCGCUGCGUAAAGAGGUGUGGCCUUUCCUGCUGGGUCAUUACCAGUUUGGAAUGUCAGAAGCCGAGAGGAAGGAGGUGGAUGAACAGGUCAGAGUGUGCUACCAACAGACCAUGCGUGAGUGGCUAGACUGUGAGGAGAUUGUCCGCCAGCGGGAGAAGGAGCAGCACGCUGCGGCUUUAGCAAAGUGCUCCUCUGGGGCAAGCAUGGACAGUUCCAGUCAGAAGAUGAUCCAUCAUGACUCCACUGUGAGUAAUGAGUCCCAGUCCUCCCAGAGCUCAGACAGGCAGAGUCUGGCUCGCCUGCAAAGUGACUCCAGCAGCAGCACACAGUUCUUCACAUCCUCCCAUCCCUUCCCCUGGAUUAGCCUGCUUCCCUUUGGCUUGUUCUUUCAGGUGUUUGAGUCCGUAGAGGAGGUGGACCAGAUCGAGACUGAGCCCAAGACCGAAGAGGCCAAACAGGUGCCAAAGAUGCCCAAUGGAGCUGUGCAGAACGGGACGGGCUCCCCUGAUUCUGGACAUCCCUCCUCCCGCAAUUUCUCUGUCACUUCUGGCCUUUCCGACGGUUCGCUCAGCACAGAGGACAGCGCUGCACCUGAUAUGACCCCGAGAUCUGCAGCCGUCCCUCAGGCAUCACAGAGCCCUGUCAAACCAAGGUUACAGGGUGACGGUCUGACAGAGGAAAUGCACAGCCAGGAGAAAGUUGUAAUGAAGGACAAAGACGAGGAGGAGGAAAAAGCAUGUGAUGUGACCAAAACUGCAGAAAAUACCAAGACUGAGGUGAUAGGUGAUGAUAACAUGAUUCAGCCACUGGAAGAGGGGCAGUUGAAGGCCAACAGAGAGACAUGUUUGCAACCUGAAACACAGGAAAAUGUUGAGGAGUCAGAAGCUAGUUCAGAGCGAACCAAGUUUAAAGAUAAAGGCCUGGAUACAGUUAUGAAAGGAAUUAAAUCUUUAGAGUUAGGAGAAACAGGAAGGGAAGUGUCCAGAGAAGAUAUUAUGAUGGCAUCAGCAGCUGCUACAGAUUCCCAAGGAGAACUCGUUGAACAAAGUCUCAAAAAAGGAGCAGAAGUGAGAAUUGAGGAAACAUCAGAGCUAGGAGAAAGGAAUGUGGAAAAGAACGAAUCAAAGACAAGUAAGUCACAAGAGGUUUUUUUGAUGGAUCCCAUGGCUCGUGAAGUGGAAAGGAAUCUCCUUUUCUCAGCAGACAACAGGGUCUCGAGAACAAGAGAAGCUUACUCCGCCUCUCAAAAAGAGGAGUCUCAGGUCAUGACUGAAUCUGAUGAGUCCCCCUCAGCCAUAGAGAUGGAGGAGAUCCCCAAAGCCAAAGUUUCCAUGGUGCCUUGGAGCAGGAAGGGACGUUGUGAACCCUCAUCUUCCUCUGAGGACUCGGCCCCUCACGUGGAGCUCAGGCAGGGGGAGGCGCAGGGAAAGCCCAGUCCAGAGGGCACCGAGUCCAUCCUGUCUGAGGAGCCGGAGAUGGAGAGCCUGUACCCUCCCUUUGAUUGUCUGGCUGGGUCUGGAGACACCAAGAACGAAGUACCCUCUCAAGAAUCUGCUGGGAGUCCUUUCUCGCAAGAGCUUUUGGACUUGUAUACAUUAAAUCUGCACCGCAUUGAAAAGGACGUCCAGCGCUGUGACAGGAACUACUGGUACUUCACUCCUGGGAACCUGGAGAAAUUGCGCAACAUUAUGUGCAGCUAUAUCUGGAGGCACCUUGACAUCGGUUACGUACAGGGCAUGUGUGAUCUGCUGGCUCCACUUCUAGUCAUUCUGGAUGAUGAGGCCAUGGCCUUCAGCUGCUUCACUGAGCUCAUGAAGAGAAUGAAUCAAAACUUUCCACAUGGAGGAGCUAUGGAUACUCACUUUGCCAACAUGCGCUCUCUAAUCCAGAUCCUGGAUUCCGAGCUGUUUGAGCUAAUGCACCAAAACGGAGACUACACCCACUUCUACUUCUGCUACCGCUGGUUUCUCCUUGACUUCAAGCGAGAGCUGGUGUAUGAGGACGUGUUUGCAGUCUGGGAAACCAUCUGGGCAGCCAAGUAUGUCUCCUCUAGUCACUUUGUCCUCUUCAUUGCCCUGGCACUGGUGGAGAUCUACAGGGACAUCAUCCUGGAGAACAACAUGGACUUCACUGACAUCAUUAAGUUCUUCAAUGAAAUGGCUGAGCACCACAACAUAAAGCAUAUUUUGACCCUGGCCAGAGAUCUGGUGUGCAAGGUGCAGAUGCUGAUUGAGAACAAGUGAUGGUGCUUCUUGUCUUCUUUUCCUUCCAAGUAAAGUGUGAACGGCUGUAGCAGCACAAGAGUAAAAUACAUAUGAGCAAACAUGCUAUGACACAUGUAUGUACACACUACACAAAGCCUUUACCAUCACAGUUUGCUGCUAUGAGCCUUAUCGACUAUAUACACUAUGUUAAACCCCAGGUUUAAAUUAUUGGCACCCCUGAAUUUCAUGUACAGAAUU